AUGUUACUGCUGACGCAGUCUGCGCUUAACUCGGACAAGAAGAUCGUGGGCUUUCUGAUGGAUGCUCGUGAUCCCGCUGGUUCCGAGAUUGUGCGUGCUCGGUUUGCAUGGCGCCGGAUGCUGCCCCCGAACGUCUCGCCGAUAGCCGACAUCACCCACAUCUUCCCCUUCCUUCUCGCGCCAAUCUUCUCCAGUCCGGACAAUCUGGGCCGCUAUGUUCGGACCAUGGUCGUUACGGAGGUGGCAGAUCGCAUCAGUGUGGAGCCCGACACCCCCGCUGGCAAGGAGGCUGUGUGCAAUACCUUCCAAUACCUCGUCAAGGCUUGCAGCUGGAGCUGUUUCGAGGUGCGCUCACAAUCAUUGACUGCGGAAGGCUUUCAUGUUUUACAACAGUCCCAGCAAGAGCAGGUCAAGCAGGCAACGCGAGUGAUAGGGGUUGCUCUCGGAACCAUCCACAAAGGGCUUCACAUCGCUCGCAAUGUGGUCGUUAACGGCGAUGUUACGAAUUGCAAUGUCGAAGAGGCCAAGAACAAGGAACUGAAAGCAUCGGCUCCUUCGGCGAGUGGACGAGACAACGCCCGGCAUAUUUGGCGUGCUACGAACGACAGCUUUGCUAUCAAAGCGCUGGCGGACGGAAUCGAGUGGACCACCUCGGGUUGGACCGGAAGCAAGUGGGAGAGGGGAACGGUCACGGCAGGCGACCCCUGCCGUCAGACCCUCCAGGACUGGGAUGAAGACCUUGUCGGGACGGAGACAGCACUCACGGGAGUGGACCGAGCUGACUGGCAAUCUGUUGUCCGAGAAACGCUUCCGACCGCACUACAACUAGAGGCGCUGUACAAAGAAAAGCUCGGCUGCGGCCGGGAAGAGUCCGGGCCGCUCUGCAACGACGACGUAUGUGCGUUCUGCGGGCGAGGUAGUCCGGGCCUGCACAACGGUUCCGUGACUUGCUUCAACCAUUGGGGAAACGCGCCGGAGGAGUUAGAGCAGGCACAGGUACUCUACGGGGUGGUUCAGUAA